UUUUAGUUGAUGACGCGCACGCGUUAAAACUGCGUCAAAAGUUGUUUUGGACUAUUGUGCUUAUCGGUGGAUGGAAUAUUAGCCAAGAUGAGUGAGGACGUGUUUGAGGUCCCCGAGGGGGCAGAGUACCGUUAUCUGGUACAAGAGGAGGGAGAGGUGGAGGUGCAGUAUGUGCGCCGUAGACACUAUGUCAGCCCCUUCCUGGUCCUGUCCAGAAGCUGCAUCUUCCUCAUCUGUCUGGGGGUGCUAUCCCUGCUCACCUUGGCUGGGUACCUGGCCUACGUGGCCCAGACUCCGCCCCCUGGGUCACCCCAGGUCACUACCGACUGUGGACGCUUCCAGGGGAGACAGAGGAAUGGGGCCUACUCGUUCAAGGGCCUCUCCUACGCUGCUCCCCCCAUUGGGGAACGCCGCUGGGCCCCGCCGGCCAAACCCUGGUGUGGGAACGGGGUGGGGGAUGCCACCCGCUUCCGCAGCAAGUGUCCCCAGGUGCAGCCGCUCUCAGACACGGGGAAGGUGAUGGGCCAGGAGAGCUGCCUCUUCCUGAACGUGUGGACCCCUACCCUGAGCCCCGACUCUUCCCUGCCCGUCAUGGUCUGGAUCCACGGGGGCUACCUUCACAUGCUUAGUGGCGGAGAGGAGGGCUACUCGCCCACGGAGGAGCUGGCGGCCCAGACAGGGAUGGUCUAUGUCAGCUUUAACUACAGGCUCAACGCAUUUGGGUUCCUGGCCCUGGAGCUACUGAGGGACGGCUCUCCAACCAAUACCUCUGGAAACUAUGGCUUUAUGGACCAGAUAGCUGCUCUGCAGUGGGUCCAGAGGAACAUCAAGGUGUUUGGAGGAGACCCCAGUAAGGUCACCAUACUAGGUCAAAGCUCAGGCGGGACGUCAGUGUGGACUCUGAUGAUGUCUCCGCUGGCAAAGGGUCUGUUUCGUGCGGCGGUGGAUAUGAGCGGCUCCUAUGUGUAUAACGCACCACUGGAGAGGGCAGAGGCAGACAACCUGCUAUUCCUGAACAAGACUGGCUGCAAUGACCUGGCCUGCCUCCGAAAGCUCUCCACCACACUGAUACUACGGGCCAUCCCAUGGAAGGAGUACCCGUCGUGGGGGGCAGAUGAUCUGAUGGACCUGCCCACGAAGGGCAGCUUUGUAGGUCCCGUAGCGGUGGUUGACAGGCAUGUCCUCCCAGCCCCUCCCUUUGAGAUGUGGGAGAAAGGAGGAUUCUUCAAUGAUGUUCCAUUCCUCGUAGGGACCACUGAGCAGGAGACUGACUUUUUCCCACCUUAUGAGAAUAUAUCCAUGUGGACAUGGGGAGACUACCAGUGGUUUGUGACAGACAAACUGAGCCCCUUCAGCGAGGGUCUUCCUAAGGAGGCGUUGGAUCUGUACCCAAGCUCGGCCCUGUGCCCCACUCCUGACCGCUGCCCAGAGAGGGCUUACACCACCAUGGUGUCAGACAUGAGGGUCACCUGCCCCAACAACGACCUGGCCAAGAGGGCUGCAGCGGCCCUCAACAGUCCUGUGUAUCGGUACGUGGUGACACACACUCCAUCUCGUGCCGUCAACUCCUCUGAGGGUCUGUUGUCGUUCCCCAGCCGGUUCUCUUUCCACGGCCUGGACGCUUUCGCCUUCUUCGGGGGUCUAGAGAAGCUGUUGGGGGGACCGCUCUCCGCCCAGGACACUGCCUUCCGGAAGCUUCUCACAGAGCAUCUCAUCCACUUUGCUAAGGAGGGUAAGAUGCCGGAGCAGUGGCCAGAGUACCCAGCAGCCACUGCUCUCCUGAACCAUACCCUCUCUGUGGUCCAUGAUUACUCUGCUGAACGCUGCCAACUGUGGGAGAAGAACGGCUUCUACCCCUACGCCUGGGUCAACUGACCCCUCACCCCUAACUCCUACUGCUGAGGACUGAAUCCUACGCCUGGGUCAACUGACCCCUCACCCCUAACUCCUAUUGUUGAGGACUGAAUCCUACGCCUGGGUCACCUGACCCCUAACUCCUACUGCUGAGGACUGAAUCCUACGCCUGGGUCAACUGACCCCUGACCCCUAACUCCUACUGCUGAGGACUGAAUCCUACGCCUGGGUCAACUGACCCCUCACCCCUAACUCCUACUGCUGAGGACUGAAUCCUAUGCCUUGGUCACCUGACCCCUAACUCCAACUGCUGAGGACUGAAUCCUAUGCCUUGGUCACCUGACCCCUAACUCCAACUGCUGAGGACUGAAUCCUAUGCCUGGGUCAACUAAUCCCUCACCCCUAACUCCUACUGCUGAGGACUGAAUCCUACGCCUGGGUCAACUGACCCCUCACCCCUAACUCCUACUGCUGAGGACUGAAUCCUACGCCUGGGUCAACUAAUCCCUCACCCCUAACUCCUACUGCUGAGGACUGAAUCCUAUGCCUUGGUCACCUGACCCCUAACUCCAACUGCUGAGGACUGAAUCCUAUGCCUUGGUCACCUGACCCCUAACUCCAACUGCUGAGGACUGAAUCCUAUGCCUGGGUCAACUAAUCCCUCACCCCUAACUCCUACUGCUGAGGACUGAAUCCUACGCCUGGGUCAACUGACCCCUCACCCCUAACUCCUACUGCUGAGGACUGAAUCCUACGCCUGGGUCAACUGACCCCUCACCCCUAACUCCUACUGCUGAGGACUGAAUCCUACGCCUGGGUCAACUGACCCCUCACCCCUAACUCCUACUGCUGAGGACUGAAUCCUACGCCUGGGUCAACUGACCCCUCACCCCUAACUCCUACUGCUGAGGACUGAAUCCUACGCCUGGGUCAACUAGGUUACAGUAUCUACCCCUAGAACAAUUGACCAACUGUCUAGAGCAAUGGGAACAUGUCAAGACAGAUGGAAACCAUGAAGACCAAAAUGAAGGAUGUUAGUACUUAUAGCACUGUAUGUGUUCUGUUGUUGUGGUGAAAUGCAGAUGCAUUGUGUGAGUUCUGGUGUAUACAGUAUUUUGCCUUUUAGGUUUGUUGAAGGAUAAAGUACGAGUUUAGAGAAAAGGGAAGAAGAUAAUGGUAAUUGUAAUAUUUCUGCUCUGUUUUGUGGUAGAGAUGGUUGUAAGAGGAGACAUUAGUGAGCUGUGUCUUAUCAUUAUUCAUAGUUUUGGCUACUGUUACUCGCACUAAGAAUUUAAAUGAAGAUGCUUACUCUUUAAUGGAAAUCACAUGAAAGUCAAAUCUGUUGUGUAUACAUCGUACCUGUAUGCAAUGAGGAAACAUAUAUUAUGAAGGGCUUUUAUGCUUACAUUUUAGUCAUUUAGCGGACGCUCUUAUCCAUAUAUAUAUAUUUUUUUCAUACUGGUCCCCCGUGGGAAACGAACCCACAACCCUGGCGUUGCAAAUGCCAUGCUCUACCAACUGAGCUACAAAGGGACUGUAGCCAGUUUCCUGUGUUUCUCUGUUCUUCUCUUUCUGUAAUGUGUCUGGAUGGUGGCUAGUCAUACAUUUUUCGUUAGUUUGAAAACCAUUUUUGGGUUGUUUUUUACUCAGGUAAUCUGCUUUAUCAUGCCAUGACCUAAAAUUUAAGGUUCAUUCACACGCACUAAUACAAAUAAUAAAACACAAAGAAAUAAGUAUUUGUCUUUAAAAAUAUAUAUAUAUAUAUAAUUUCAAAUAUACAGUAUGUUUCAUAGCCUAGAAUCAAGUUCAAGUUCAUCUUAUUAUCCCAGAGAGAAAUGUUGUUUUUGCAGGCAUGGGCAGCACAACAGACAAUAAAAGUACAAUACAAUAAAAAGUAAAAUGCGAACCACCUUUCACAUGUUCAGGGCCCACUUUUGGUCCCAAACCACAGUUUAAGAAACCCUUUUGCUAAUCAAUUGAAGGUGUCCGUACCGUUUCCAAUAUUAGGAAAUUACAUUUGUUUUGUGAUGUGAUUUUGUAAGACAGAGAUAUGGGUUAAAUGAAUGACUGUUUUGAUGGAACAUAGGUGUGUGUUUUCAUACCCAUUAAAGAAUACAUGUAUUGGU